UGACAGAUGCUGGCCCCUCCGGUCACCUCAGCUGGAACUUGACUCAGGAUCCCUCUCCUGUCCUCAGUCUAUCCCCGUGGGCCCUGCAUUCCUCUGUGUACCUCUGCCAGCCAAUACCCAGAGCCUGCAGGCUCGCACAUGGGGUCUGUGAGAGGGACCACACAGGGCAGCGAUGGAAAGUGGAUUCUCAAACUGAGAGCAGGGAGCCGGCCACCUGCGGGCAGCAGAGAAGUCCAGCGGAGGGUGGAGUUGGCCUGAGCCUCUAAGAGUGCAGGCGGAGGCCUGGCAGAUGUGAUGCGAGUUUGCUCCUUUCGAUUUUCUCCUGGAGUGUAGAGAUGAACCUGUAAUCCAAGUGUUAAAACCAUGGCCCGGGGCAAAACACCGUUCAUUCUGAAUCAUCACUUUUGUUGCAUUAAAAAAAAAAAAAAAAGAAAGAGAGAAAAGAAAAACCCCAUACCAGCCACGUAGAGGUGUGCAGGAAGCUGUGUUUGUCAGGAACGCAGAAGGAGUUGGCUUCCCUUUGGGGGAGGAGACAUGGUCCCACAACACCCUGGGAGGGGUAUAUAAGGAGCCUGGGGCUGGGGGUGACAGGCGCAGCCCUCAGGUUUCAGCCCAGCUCACGCCUCCUGCCAGCUUUGCUUGUGCCGCUGAGAGCUCAGGGCUGCUGCCUGGCCAUGAGCACCACGUUUCUGCAGACUUCUUCCUCCACCUUUGGGGGUGGCUCGACCUGGGGGGGUUCCCUCACGGCUGGGGGAGGAGGCUUUGCUGGGGGGAGUCUCUAUGGGGGAGGUGGGAGCCGCAGUAUCUCAGCUUCUUCUGCCGGGUUUGUCUCCUCGGGGUCAGCAGUGGGCUAUGGGGGCGGCUUCAGUGGAGGGGCUGGUAGUGGUUUGGGUGGAGGCUUUGGAGGUGGCCUUGGAGGUGGCUUUGGUGGUGGCUUUGGUGACUUCGGCGGUGGCGGCCUCCUCUCUGGCAACGAGAAGCUCACCAUGCAGAACCUCAACGAGCGCCUGGCCUCCUACCUGGAGAAGGUGCGCGCCCUGGAGGAGGCCAACGCUGACCUGGAGGUGAAGAUCCGCGACUGGUACCAGAAGCAACGGCCCACUGAGAUCAAGGACUACAGCCCCUACUUCAAGACCAUAGAAGAACUCCGAGACAAGAUCCUGGCGGCCACCAUCGACAACUCCCGGGUUAUCCUGGAGAUUGACAACGCCAGGUUGGCUGCGGAUGACUUCAGACUCAAGUAUGAGAACGAGCUGGCCCUGCGCCAGAGCGUGGAGGCCGACAUUAACGGCCUGCGCAGGGUGCUGGACGAGCUGACCCUGGCAAAGAGCGACCUGGAGCUGCAGAUCGAGAGCCUGAACGAGGAGCUGGCCUACCUCCGGAAGAACCACGAGGAGGAGAUGAAGGAGUUCAGCAACCAGCUGGCCGGCCAGGUCAACGUGGAGAUGGACGCAGCACCGGGCGUGGACCUGACCCGCGUGCUGUUGGAGAUGAGGGAGCAGUACGAGGCCAUGGCGGAGAAGAACCGCCGGGAUGCCGAGGCCUGGUUCUUCAGCAAGACGGAGGAGCUGAAUGAGGAGGUGGCCUCCAAUGCAGAGAUGAUCCAGACCAGCGAGGCGGAGAUCGUAGACCUGAGACGCACGAUGCAGGGGCUGGAGAUGGAGCUGCAGUCCCAGCUGAGCAUGAAAGCCGGGCUGGAGAGCACGCUGGCGGAGACCGAGUGCCGCUACGCCCUGCAGCUACAGCACAUCCAGGGCCUCAUCAGCAGCGUCGAGGCCCAGCUGAGCGAGCUCCGCAGUGAGAUGGAGUGCCAGAACCAGGAGUACAAGAUGCUGCUGGACAUCAAGGCGCGGCUGGAGCAGGAGAUCGCCACCUACCGCAGCCUGCUGGAGGGCCAGGAUGCCAGGAUGGCUGGCAUUGGUACCAGAGAAGCCUCCCUGGGAGGUGGUGGCAGUGGCAAAGUCCGUAUCAACGUUGAGGAGUCAGUGGAUGGGAAGGUGGUUUCUUCUCGAAAGAGAGACAUCUAAGUGCCCAGCGCAGGAGAGACACCCCCGUCAUCCCCACCCUCCCCAGGCUGAGUGGACAGCUGGCCGGAGGGACCAGAAAAGCAAACUCCAGGCCCUGCCUUCAGAGGGUCCAGUUCAAGGGGUCCCUCAUCUCCUAGUUGGGUGCUUCACAUGCUUUCCCGGACCCCGCUCCAGCUUUCCCACCUCCCUUAGAGCAGGGAGGUGCAAGAAACAGCUGUAUUGUGUAACAAGCUCAUAGAUUGUACCAUGUCCAUGCAAUAAAGAAUUGCUUUUCCUUUUGCAAAUA